AUGGCGCGCGCGCGCGGCAGGCUCCGCAAAGCAGCUGAGACCGCCACUCCUAGACGAUCGACACGUAGAGGCAGGGCCUCACAGCAAGAUGAAGACGUACCAGCUAUUUUCCAGGAGAUGCUACUCGAGGAGGAGGCCGCUGCCAAGGCCACCAGUACAGACGAGGAUGAACGUCCAGUUAAGAAGAGGAAGACGGCGCGUUCUCAAACAAGUUCAAGCCCUGUCGUAAAGCCUUCGCAUGUGAAAGCUACGGUUGUGAAAGGGACCGAACCUGCACCGUCCAUAAGAUCGCGCAAAGAUGCUUCGCUCGAACCAGAGACACCAUUGUACAGUCUUACACAUCCGCCUGCCACCGCAGGGUCCAUGCCGCCCGAUGUCGCGCCUUCCAGCGGUCGCAUACUACAAACCGUGAUAGACUCCGACGAGUCAGAUGACAGCGAUGAGGAGUGGGAAGACGCCCUCGCAGAUGGAGACGAGGCGGACGAACAUGAAGAGACUGAAUCAGUCAUACCUCAGGUCGCUGGCAUCUCCAUCACGCUCGGAGCGAACAAGGAUGCAGAACCUGCUCCCAAGAGAAGAAUCCGCAGACGAGCCAUCACAUCUGUAGACAAGAAGAAGCGGCUGGACAUUCAUAAGAUGCACGUUCUAUGUUUGCUCUAUCACGUUUAUCGUAGGAAUGCAUGGUGCAACGACUUGCGGGUGCAGUCCGCGCUGCGAAAGCUGGUACCACCCAAGACAUUGCAGAAUCUCGUCCCAAAUCCCGAUCUCACACAAUACUCUGCUUCGAAGCGCUUCAUUGAUGGAAUGAACGAGCUCAAGGUUCUGUGGAACAAGCGCUUCAAACUUACUGCUCAGGGCAUGUACAAGCCAAAAUGGGCAGAGGCAGAUGCCCAUGUCCGACCAUUCUCUGAUUUCGAUGAACUUGAUGACCCCAUGGACAAGGACGAUUUUCGCAGAACGGCGCAUACCUUGCAGGGCUCGCAAGAUGUUGGCACUCAACUUUUCUGUGCCCUGCUUCGUGCCAUCGGUGUCGAAGCCAGACUCGUGUGUUCCUUGCAGCCACUGCCAUUCGCCUCGUCUGCUCAGCCUUCUACCCCGCAGAAGACAACUUCGCAGAAGAAUACCAUAGUUCUGGAUCCAUAUAAUAAGCAAGAAGCUGCCUCGUCUAGCAAGUCCAGGGCUGUCACACCAUCUCGGCCCAGGAAGCUCUCGCGCAUGGAAAGGGUCAUGGGCGAACGACACGCCGUCCUCAACAAGACGGGCGUAGCUUUGCAAAGACAGAAGGCGUACCAUACACCAUAUCCGGUAUAUUGGGUGGAGGUGUUCAACACUGCGCACCAGAAGUGGGUUGCUAUAGACACUCAUUCGACGUUCACGGUGAACUCGCCCGAGAAGCUCGAACCACCACUCAGUCAUGCGCAAAAUAGUCUCACAUACGCCAUCGCCUAUGAAGAAGACUACACGGCAAAAGACGUUACACGACGUUAUGCCAAGGCAUAUAAUGCAAAGACGCGCAAAUUUCGUAUUGAAUGUACACCCAAUGGGGCAGAGUGGUGGCGGAAAGCAAUGAAGUUCUUCAAACGGAUGGUCCCUCUCGAUAGGGACCAGGUCGAAGAUGCAGCACUUGCCCGCAAAGAGGCAUCUGAGGGCAUUCCUAAGAACGUGCAAGACUUCAAGAACCACCCUGUAUAUGUGCUUGAAAGGCAUCUGAAGCACAACGAAGUCAUACACCCCAUGGAUCCAAUCGGUAAGAUCAACGUGGGUACAGGCAUGAACCCCAAAAUGGAGUCCAUCUAUCGUCGAAACAAUGUACACACUGUUCGAAGCGCAGACAAGUGGUACCGUAUGGGCCAGGACGUCAAGGAUGGCGAACAGCCGUUGAAACACGCCAAGCCAAAGAGAGGCAGACAGAUGUCAGUCAAUCUUGACAUGGAUGUCGAUGACCAGCAAGAAGAAAUUGGUGCUGGACUAUACGCCAAAUUCCAGACUCGACUCUACGUCCCACCACCUGUGGUGAAAGGCCGUGUUCCUCGCAAUGUAUAUGGCAAUCUGGAUCUCUAUGUCCCAUCCAUGUGCCCACCAGGCGGAACACACAUCCGGCACAAAAUCGCUUCGAAAGCAGCACGCAUCGUUGGUGUCGACUAUGCAGACGCAGUGACUGGUUUCUCCUUCAAAGGUCGACACGGCACUGCGAUUGUGCAAGGUGUGGUGGUAGCGUCAGAGUACGCUGAAGCAGUGCAGGAGGUCAUUGAUGGCAUGAUCUACCAACAAGAAGAAGCCGCGAACGCUGCACGCAGUCGGGAGUCAUUGCGUCUCUGGCGGAGGUUCUUCCUUGGCUUACGCAUUGCCCAAAGGGUCAAUGCAAUGGAGAUUGAUGGCGAAAAAGGCCCGUCGAUGGAUGUGGAUGUGCAGCAAGAAAUUGAUCGCGAGGACGAGCAGAUGGUCGAGGGAGAAAUGGCUGGUGGUUUCUUUCCGGACGAAGCUGACUUUGCGCAACCCCCGCGAGUUGAGCGUGCGUAUGAGCCGCCACAGCAAGAAUACGGAGGGGGCGGCUUCAUGGCUGAUGAUGACGAGGAUGAAGGGGGAGGGUUCAUACCAGAGAGGGACGAUGACGACGACGCUGUGAAAGCUCCCAUCAGCAUGAAUCGCGAGCACAGUUUUGAAAGCUCGAUCUUGGACUCUCAUCAGCUUCGCCCGCGGCGCAGGAGUAGUUUCGCAGACGACUUUGUAUUGGAAGAGGAGGAGGAUGAGGAAGGAAGUGCUGGGUCUACACGCGACCAAUCUGACGCUGAGCCUGCCAAUGACGACGAGAAUGCCGAAACCCACAUCGCCCAGGAUGAAGCCGCUGUAGAUGGAGGCGGGGGGUUCCUACCAGAAGAUGCAGACGCAGACGUGAAUAUGGUCGACCAGCCUCCACAGGAAGCGAGCCCAGUUCCAAGGGACCCAGGCACUGAGGACGCCGAGAUGCCACCAGAAUCCUCUCCAUCAGACACCGGGUCGCUCCCGCUCGAAGAUCCAGAAGACGAAGAUGCUGAUCCUGACUGGCUCGUCGAUGCCACAUAG